AAAUAAUAUUGGUGGUCCUAAGAAGUUUCCCGAUUUUUUCUGCUUCAACAAUGAAAUAAAAGAUCAUGAUUUUGAUCUUCUGUUUGGUGAGAUCAGUCAUGGUCCAUUUGUGAACAAUAAUACAAACCAUCAAGAUCAUGUGAUUGGAGAUUUAAAGAGACUUGGAAAGUUUGCCAAAGGUUCUUAUAAUCAUGAUUAUUACUUCUUCAAAAGUGAAGGAUCAGAUUAUAAACAACUUCACAUUCAUUUGGAUCAACUAGUAAAAGUGAUGAUCUAUUUACACGAAACAGAAAUUGAUUUUAUAUAUUAG